AUGCCUUUGCGGGGGGUGAGUGUGGUGGACGGGCGCCACUGUGCUAUUCUGAAACCUCCGGAGCUACGUGGUGCAGGUCCCGUUCCCCCUCCCCCUUUGGACUGUGGGGGGGGGGUCCUGGUCCUCGCUUCAGGGACCCACUGCAAUGCAGAGAAGCAGUUAUUCAUCGAAGCAGAGCGAAAACCCUUUCUAAGAUGGCAGAACCCUCAUGUCGCACAGAUAGCAGCAGGGACCAAGAUGAACUUACCUGCAAAAUCAAGCAACGCUUCGCGGACUUCGGAUCAAAUUGGAUCAGUGUUUGCAACAGUCUGUCAAGCAAGAGACAACCAGAGACAAUGCCCAACCAUUUCGGAGGUUACCAACCAAGUCUCAGAGGGAAGUGUCUGUAUACAGCCAUGGCAAUGGUUGGAACAGUCUGAAAUGGCGUCAGCAGCGAAGCGCAUGCCAGAAGCCCAACACUAUCAAAGCUCUGCACAGUCAUCACUAUGGUGGGAGAUAGCACCACUGAGGUUGUGUUGUUGA